AUGUCGUCUAUAUUUCGGCAAUACACUUUUGAUGACUCAUUUGAACAAGUAUUCGUCUCAAGCAAAUUCCUGAAGGAAUACCAGAUUUCUCUAACCUUCGCCAGAGACUAUGAUGAGAAUGGUGUUACCACCAAUGGGGUGUUUAGACCCACUUGGGACAUGACAAAAGUCACUCCCUCAGCAAUCACUCAGUUUAAGAAAGAAAACCCUGAUGUGAACGUCAAAGUGUACAUUAGCAUUGGAAACAGAGGCACCCAAUUUCCCUUCAGUCCCAAAGCGAACGAGUCGUGGAUUUCCAAUGCCACCCACUCGCUCACAACAAUCAUAAAAAACAAUGACUACGACCUUCAAGUGGAUGGCAUCGAUAUCUUGUACGAAAGCAUCGAGGCCUCGCCAAAUGACUUCGCCGAAUGCGUGGGGAAACUUAUAAAGAACCUGAAGGAAGCUGAAGUGAUAAGAGAAGCUUCCAUUUCACCAUCAUUUGCUCUCAACAAAGAAUACUACUUCUGCUUGUACAGCACUUACUUUAUCCUAAUUGACUGGGUCGAUUACCAGUUCCAGAAUGAGGUUACUCCUGUGUUCGCUCCCAACACCUUGGUGGAGCGCUACAAGGAACUAGUCUUUGAGUUUUAUCCAAGAAGAAAACUCUUUGCUGGAUACAGUGCCGAGAACGAGGACUGGGCUACGCUGUCACCAAUUGUGUUCUUUCUGGGUGGCAUGGACAUUCUCAAGAAAAGAAGAGGUCCUGGCAUUUCCAUUCAUUACCAUAAUUACUAUACGGAAACUCCACACAUAUAUAACGAAUGA